AUGAUCUCAUCAAUGCUGGACCCUCGUCACAAACACCUGGGCUUUCUUACACCAACACAGAGACUGGCUGCUAAUGUGAAACUGGUUGAACUGGGAGAGGCGGUGGGGACCGAUAGGGCGGCUAUCCAACAGGCUGGGGGAGUCGAGGCUGCGUUGUCUGACAUGGACGAGGGGAGCGCAAACACUGAAGUCGCGACCUCCCAGUCAUCUGCUAUGGCACAACUCCUUGGGGAUCACUAUACCACUCAAUGCGAGGCUGGCAUCGAAGCAGAACUUCAGAAUUUUCUGAGGGAGACUCCCCCACCCCUGAAUUGCACACCUACAGACUGGAGGAAAGUGAAUGGAAUAAGGUUCCCCGGGCUAGCGCGGAGGUACCUGUGCAUCCCGGCAACCAUCUGGAGGGGCCCAAAUGUGAACUGUGUGGACAGCACUGGAUACACACCUCUACACCAUGCUGCUUUAAAUGGCCACAGUGAGGUGGUGGAAGUACUUCUGCGGAACGAGGCUCUGACGAACAUCGCUGAUAACAAGGGCUGUUACCCUCUGCACCUGGCGGCGUGGAAGGGAGAUCAGCGAAUCGUCAAACUCCUCAUCCAUCAGGGUCCAUCUCACCCCAAACUCAAUGAGCAGAACAACGACAACGAGACGCCGCUGCACUGUGCGGCUCAGUACGGACACACUCAGGUGGUGCAGCUGCUGCUGGAGGAGCUGACCGACCCCACCAUGCGCAACAACAAGUUUGAGACGCCACUUGACCUGGCUGCGCUCUAUGGCCGGCUGGAGGUGGUCAAACUUCUGCUGAGCGCUCAUCCCAACCUGCUCAGCUCUAACACCAAGAAGCACACCCCUCUCCACCUGGCUUCCCGCAACGGACACCUGGCCGUGGUGGAGGUGCUGCUGGCCGCCGGCGUGGAUCUCAACUAUCAGACAGAGAAAGGCAGUGCCCUUCAUGAAGCAGCUCUAUUUGGAAAGACGGAAGUAGUACAAAAACUACUCAACGCAGCAGGCCAGAUGUGA